AUAAAACACAGAGGCAGAUAGAGGAGCAUUAGAGAGGGCAAAACAGCAAGCAAAAGCAAAAGCAGACAGAGGAGGAGAGGAAGAGGAAGAGGGAGGCUGUACAUCCAUAACCUCCACUUAGAUGGAGGGAGGACAUUCUGUCUAUCCUGCAACUUCAGGAACCAUCAUCACAAUUUAAUACCAAUUUGAAAGGCUGCGGCGCUGCAACAAAUCUGUCUUCAGAGAGAGAGAGAGAGAGAGAGAGAGAGAGAGAGAGAGAGAGAGAGAGAGAGAGAGAGAGAGAGAGAGAGAGAGAGAGAUGAGGAUGGAGGCCAGACUCUGAUGUCACUUUCCUACCUGGAUUUAUUCCUCUUUGUCUUUUUGUCUCGAAUCCCCGCAACAAUAAAAAACCCGUGACGGCAAUAUCAGAGAAAUAACUUCAUCAUUAUUGUUUUACACGUGUUCUCAGGCUGCUGAGGGUUCAACAAAUUGUGUUUUUCUACGCGGAGAGUUUGUGCUGUGAAGUGGAACAUCUCGUUCUUUAGGAGAAUCUCUUUGCAGGCUGAAAGUUUGUCAUCUACAAUCUAAAAAGACGAAAAUAUUUCAGCAGAUUCCUGAGAGUUUUGGGAUUUUUAAAGGUGCCGGUUAACCUUUUUUUAUUUUGAAAAGCAACAGGAUGCCCCCCCAAAACCAGUAGGACGCCAGAAACUCAUCAAAAUAAAAGACGGGCCACAUACCUGUCGGAUGCGUCGGCUUCCUCCCUCCUUCAUGGUAUUUAUUUUCAUGGCUUGACACCUAACUGCCGUCUGACCCCUCCCUCCCCCCCCCCCCCUUUCAACAUGGCCGACCACCUCCUCUCUCGCCGCCUCGCCCCCUCGAGGAAAUCAGGGCAGGAGAAGAAGAAGUGAGGAUUUAGUAAACUCACACCCUCAGGUUCAUCCUCAUCCCCCACCGAGGACACGACUCGUCCCUCUUUGCAGGUCGGGACGCGCUGAUGCAAGAUGGCGGCCGGCGUGGCGACGUGGCUGCCGUUUGCUCGGGCUGCGGCGGUGGGAUGGCUGCCGUUGGCCAAAAAGACGAUGCCCAAACCUCCCGUGGACAACUCGUCCAAGUCGGAUGAGAUCCUGUACGUCAACGUCAGCGGGGUCAGGUUUCAGACAUGGAAGAACACUUUGGACCGUUAUCCGGAGACGCUGCUGGGUUCUUCGGAGAAGGAGUUUUUCUACAACGAGGACACGCAGGAAUACUUCUUCGAUCGGGACCCCGAAAUGUUCCGGCACAUUUUAAACUUUUACCGCACCGGGAAGCUCCACUACCCGAGAAACGAAUGCAUCCAGGCCUUCGACGAGGAGCUGGCCUUCUACGGCAUUGUGCCCGAGAUCAUCGGGGACUGUUGCAUGGAGGUAAACCUCCAGAGGUUAGGUUUAGUCAACAAAACCAACAGUUAGCUUUAGACAACAACACCAACAGUUAGCUUUAGACAACAACACCAACAAUUAUCUUUAGACAGCACCAACAG